UCCAGUCUCCCUGUGAGUCACUUUGAACUUCAUUUCAACUGACCAACUCUCCUCAAUCACCCUAAAAGUCCUAUAUUAGCAGUAAACAGACCACCAUGAUUCCUACGGACUCGAUUGUGAGAAUCCUAGCUACUCACCAUCCCCUAGGCGGACUGGGAGGCCAGCAAUCGCACACGGAGCAAUCCGGAAAUAUAACCCCACGACGUGAACCUUUCCCUGCCUGGAGUGUUGUCGACGAGGUGAAAAAGACAGCGGUCCAUGAAUAUGAGACCGCUAGUCAGACAGCGCAGAAUAAGGCGGGCAAGAUUGAACUUUGGUCUCCCAAGUACUACGCCGCCUGUACUUUUGGUGGACUUCUUGCUUGUGGUCUUACCCACACGGCUGUCACGCCCUUGGAUCUGAUCAAAUGUCGCCGUCAAGUUGAUCCUAAGCUCUAUAAGAGCAACGUACAGGCGUACACCACAAUUCGUGCAGCCGAAGGCAUGCGCGGCGUGUUCACUGGUUGGCGUCCAACGUUUUUCGGCUACAGUGCCCAAGGUGCAUUCAAGUACGGCGGAUAUGAAUACUUCAAAAAGUUUUACAGUGAUCUUGUCGGCCAAGAACGUGCCACCAAAUACAAGACCUCGCUGUACCUUGUCGCUAGUGCCUCAGCUGAGUUGAUCGCCGAUGUAGCGCUCUGUCCAUUUGAAUCCGUCAAAGUGCGGAUGCAAACUACCAUUCCGCCAGACAUCAAAGGGACCUUUAGCGGUAUCUCCGGCGUGGUAGCCAAGGAAGGAGUUGCCGGGCUGUAUAAGGGUCUCUACCCACUCUGGGGUCGGCAGAUCCCCUAUACUAUGAUGAAGUUUGCUUCGUUCGAGACCAUUGUGGAGAUGAUUUACCGUAGUCUGCCUGGACACAAGUCCGAUUACAACAAGGGUGCCCAAACCGCUGUUGCUUUCAGCGCUGGUUACUUGGCGGGUAUUCUCUGUGCUGUGGUCUCGCACCCUGCUGACGUGAUGGUGAGCAAGCUGAAUGCUAACCGCCAGGCUGGGGAGGCAUUUGGUGCUGCGAUGAGCCGUAUCUACGGUGACAUUGGCUUCCGGGGUCUGUGGAAUGGUCUACCCGUCCGUAUCGUUAUGAUUGGUACCCUGACCGGUCUCCAGUGGAUGAUUUACGAUUCUUUCAAGAUAUUCAUGGGUCUUCCGACCACCGGUGGAGGCGGCGAGCAGAAAAAAGUUCAGUAA